UCAAAUAAGUCUCGAUCUCAGUUUUCUUCAUCUCCUUCAAACGCUUUUCUUCCUAAUGGCUUCAAUUUGCAGCAGAUUCAUCACUAGAUCAUCACCCUUCAUCAAAUCCGCCGUCAGAUUUAACGGUCCAAAAUCCCCUUUCCCCGGAUCCGCCGCUGCUCCCUCCACUCCGUCACCUCUCCCCUCUCGUUCCAUCUCUCCUCUCGGCCGUUUCUCCUCUAGGUGUCCAUCGGAACUGGGAUGUGCGCAGUCACUGUUGCCUCUACACAGUGCGGUGGCGACGGCAAGGAUGACGUCAUGCCUGAGCACAACAUCGAGGAGUUGCCGAGCACUUUCUCAGGGUACACUCUGCUGCACCUCUCCCGGCCUCUAGUACUGUUUUAACUGUUUUCUAUAGCACAUAAGUUGAAUAAGAAAAAUAAAGUGGGAAUUUACAGUGACAGAAUCAUCCUCAUUCUCAAGUAUGAAACCAUGAGUGUUUUUUUAGUGAUCAUAAAAGUAUUUAAUUAUGUCAGGAUGGAGCCUUAGUUUUAUGGUUCUUUUUAUAUAAAUCAGAUCUGCUUUUGUACUAUUUCCCAUUUUUGGCAAAGAAAAACCUAAAAUAGAUGUAACAUGUUGCUCUCAGUUUUCCUUGUGGGAUUGGAACCCUUCAUCUUGCUCCUGCAUUUGUGCAGUGUCUGGACUGUUUCUUCCUGCAUUGGUGGUAAUUAGACUUUGCUUAUGCUAUAGAGGAAAAGAUAUGGCAUUAAGAUUUACAUGUUGAAUCUGCUACUCCGCUGUGUUCUCUCACCCAGCUUUUUGAUGUGAUCCUACAACUGCUUCAUUCUUUGCCAACUUCUUCUUUCCACUAUCUGCUUAAACAUCAGGGUGGAUCAUUAACUUAUCCUCAAGUGUAGCAGGCGCGUUUAGAUCGAGUGGUACAUUCUAAAUAUAUGGGUCAUAGAAGUCAGGAUAGGGUUAAAUCAUCUUUGUGGAAUCAC